UGAUAAUAUUAAUGAAAUUGACUCUUGCUCUGGUAUUAUUAGUAACAUUGAGUUCAGCCACUACUACUCAUGAUUAAAUCAUGGCCUUUUUAUAAACAGGAACAAAGGCUAUGGAUGCAAUUGAUACAGUAUUUGGUUUGUUAAAUGAUCUGAUACAAUCAAAUAAAGAUGCUUAAUUUGCAGCUGACUAAAAGAAUGAAACAGAUGAAUGGGUUGGUGCUUAGUAAGACUUUAAUAAUUAUAUUCAGAACAAUUGAAUAAUUUACUAAAAUUAAGAACUUGAAUCAAAAGUUAUUCCAAUAAUCAAUUGAAAAUAGAGCCUAAUAUGAAUAGGAUUUAUCAGACACCAAAAAUUAUCUUGCCUGGAAUGAAUAAAGAUAAGAUGAGAUUAAUAGAAAGAUUGAAGUUUUACUAGAUUAACAAUGUUUAAGCAAUCAACUUUUUGUUAGAUCAAUAAAACAAAAUAGAGAAGCUCUAGAAGUUGUGAGAUUACUUAAAUAAGAUGUUGCUGGAUAUAUAAUAAAUGGAGAUGCUUUUGAGCUAGUUUAAGUUAAGAGCGUUGCAGAAAAGCUUAAGUCAUAUAGUAACACAUUUAAUGAACAUGAAAUCAAUUCUUUCCUUUCAUUGGCUAAUAAAUAAGAAGAUGGAUCUGUUAGUAGAGGAGCAACUCUUGCUGAAAGAGUAUUAUCAGUAUUAGAAGGAUUAGAAGCUAAUCUCUAAGCAUCACUUGAAGCUCUUGAAACUAAUGAAAUCAAUGCUUCUUGGGAAUUGGCUGGAUGGGUAUCAUUAAGUGAAGCAGAAGUUGCUAAUUUGAAAGUUGAAUAUGAAAGAAAAUAAGUUUAUGCUGAUAGAUUAGCUACUGUAAUAUUUAUUAAAUAAUUAAUUCUAGUAAAUUUAAGCAGCUCUUGCUUAAUAAGCUAAAUCCAAAAUCAUUUUAUAAGAAUCUUAAGAUGCUCUUGAUUAAGCCUAAUCAGAUUUAGAAUCUAAAAGAGCUGAUUAUGCUGAAGCCAAGGCUAAGAGAGAUGAAGAAAAUGCCAUCAUUGAAUAAGUCAUCAUUAUUUUCAAGAAAUAAGUUGCCUCCUGGUCUGGAAGAUGAUAUUAUUAAUUCCAUAAAAAUAUUACAAAUAUUUA